AUGGUUGAGCUCCACAUGGCCAACAAUGUGGACGUACAGACGCGGGUGGAAGACUACCUGAAUGACAAGAUACAAACAGCUGCGGACUUGGAACAGGUGGACAGCCUCUUGCAGCGAGUGCAGGAACAGCAAAAUAUAUUGCGGAAGCAGCUCGAAGACGCCCGGAAAGACCACACAGAGGCUGUGAACAGAGUCAACCAACGUUCCAACGAAUUAAGAGCGAAGGCCGAAGAAUGUCAGAGGGAACACGCCGAGAUAGACCUGCGGCUCAGAACCCUUGCACAAUCCAACGUGAGCGAUGAUGCGGCGCAAAAAGUUGAAGCUCGGAUGAGCAAGGUGCGCAGUCUCGAGGUUGCUCAAGGCUAUCUGGAAUUGGUCCAGCAAUUGAACACUCUGAGCGAUCAAGCGAAAGAGAACUUAGUCGCCCAUCCGGAAAUAUCGGUCCAAGCAUAUGUUCAGCUAAGAGGCAUUUGGAAGCACAUUCAAGAUGCGCAGUCGGCUGCGGAAGGGGCAGCGCCUCAGCUUGCCUAUGCCUUCGAGCAACGAUCGCAGCAGCUUUAUACCAGCAUCAAGGAAGCUUUGGAAGGGAGUCUGCGGGAAACCCUUGCACAAAUGAAAUGGCCGGGAAAAGAGUUGAGCAUGCUGGGCGACAUACGGGAGAAGUGGGAGAAGGAAGUCAGAUUACUUCUCCAGCUCCAAGAUCCAGACCUGAUCGGAGCAUUCGCAGGCGUCGACACUCGAAGUCGGUCUUCGACUCCUGAUCCUGUCGUGCUCCUCCCGCUUGAAGUCAUGGUUCAUCCGUUGUCAGUGAGAUUCCGCUACCACUUUUACGGGGACAAACCCACGAACCGACUGGACAAGCCCGAAUAUUUUCUCACCCACGUCCUAGAUCUAAUAGAGACGCAUAGCGGUUUCAUGACCGAUAUGCUGGGCCCUAUAUUGGACGACAGAGUGAUUCAGUCUGAGGCUCUGGAAUCUAUCUAUACAGAUGCAGUCUCCGCAUUCAUUACGGCACUGCUGCCCAUGGUUGAAGCAAAGUGUCUGUCUUUUCUCCCCCAGAUUUCGCAGCAGCCACAGUUGAUGUCUCAUUUCAUGCACGAGUUGAUGGUAUUUGAUACUGCCAUUCGUGACUCGUGGGGGUACAUCCCGAUUCCCAGGAUGUUGGCAGAGUGGAAGGGGAUUACUUGGAGAGUGCUGACCACACACGGCUACUUUGCUCUGUGGCUCAAGGUCGAGAAGGAUUUUGCUCUUGCUCGAUACAAGAGCAUCAGGGAUGCUUCGGACAGCAACGAAAUUGACUUUGACGCAGACGCCACCCAGACGAAGCCGACAAAGGGAGCAAUUCGUGUCAACGACCUUUUAGAGACAAUCACAGAUCGUUACCGAGGCCUUUCAUCUUUCAGUCAGAAGAUGAAGUUUCUCUUGGAGAUCCAGCUAUCUAUAUUCGAUGAUUAUCACAACCAUCUCCACGGCGGUUUGCAGGCAUAUCUUGUGUCGUCCCAUACCGCCGGCCGGCUACUGCAGGGACAGUCUGAAGCCGAAGCCUUCGGUUUAAAAGGGUUGGAAUCGCUAGCCAAGAUAUUUGGUAGCGCGGAAUUCCUCGAACGGAAAAUGUCGGACUGGAACGAUGAGGUCUUCUUUCUAGAGCUAUGGGAUGAACUUCAAUAUCGUGCCAAAGCCAACAGCAGCACAGGUGCAUCCAUUGGCACCGAUUUGAAGGUGGACGAUGUCGCGGACAAGACCUCGGCAACCAUCAAGUCAAACGGAGCCGACCUGGAUGGAGAUACAGACGGAAGUGGCCUGUUUGACCAGACUGCUUCAGCAUAUCGACGUUUGCGCGAACGCAGCGAGGAGGAAAUGCUCCGUUUCUUCGACGUCAACAUAAGAGGCGCACUCCGGCCAUAUGUGAAGCUUGCCCAGUGGUCGUCUCUUGGUGAGACUAUAUCCGACCCAGCUGCCAUGGCACCUUCCCCCAGCCUCGAUGGCUUUUUCCAAACAACGGCCACCCUGCUCGAGUACCUUUCUCGCGUACUAGCUCCGGGGUCCAUGCGACGGAUAUGUAAGCAUUACUGCUCCUCGCUGCAGAGAGAGAUCUACGACAACGUGAUAAUGCACCACACAUUCUCCGCUACUGGCGCAGCGCAACUGGCAAGGGAUCUGUCUGAGAUCAAGACAACCAUCGAAAAACACAGCAGAAUGCGAGGAGUGACGGGGGCGGGUCUCAAACGGCUCGAAGAGGCAGUCUAUCUACUCUCCCUGGAGGCGUCGCAAAACAAACAGAACGGCGAAGACGAUGAUUGGGGUUUCGAUGAUGACGAUGACGACGGGAAGCCGAAGGGCCAAGGUACUGCAGAUGAAGCUAUCACUGAUGAUGAUGGAGGUGUUGAGAGGCUGGGACUUUGGGAUGUCGAGAAGCUGAUUUUCGAGAGCAACGAAGCAGCACGAAAGGCUCUUGGGGAUAUGGGCGUAUAUCAUCUCAGUGAAGGGGACGCCAGGAACAUUUUGAAGCGGAGAGUUGAGCUAAAUGGCUGA